GAACCCAGAAUCUCUGGUUCCGUAGACCAGCGCCUUAUCCAUUGGGCCAUUGAGUCAAUUUGUCUAGCUGUUUACAAGUAUUUUAUAAGAAAGAAUUAAACAAAGAGAAAUCUGACUAGCUUUUGGAGCUUCAGUUGGGGUUGGGUGGAACAAGACGACGACCUCAACAAAUUUGAAAAGUAAAUAUUAGCGUCAUAUACACUCUUCUCUCCCCGGUUCUUCUGCCUUUGGUUUGGUCCUUCACACAGAACUAACAUAGAUAUAGAUGUUUUUGUGCUUUUGUACAUAGUUUUCUUCUCUUUCUUCAUUUGCCUGAAUUGUGGCACAGAAUCCAAAAUAAAUUUUAUAUCUUUUGAAAAAAAAGCUCAAAUAAUAGAAAAGAGGAAGUGGGAUAUUUGGAAUCUUGACUAAAUGAAUUGAAGGAUUGGGGAUUACGGAUAAGUGGUUAGGAGUUCAUAAUUAUCAGGUUUUCUCGCUAUAUUAAUUAAUAUAAAAUAUGGGAAGAAAACAAUCCAUGCGGAGCAAAGCUGCCCACUUUGUAUCUGAUCUCACCACCGUCUUCCUCAACCCCAUUUCGGAUAAACCCUCCAAGUCCCAACCCACCUCACCUUCUCCGGUUUCUGUAGAUGAGACUGAGUCGAAAAGAAAUCAAGUUGAGUCAAUUGGUGAAGAGGGUUCUGAAGAUGUAGGUGUUGGUCCAGAUACUUCUUCCUUCUCUGCAUUUCUUUACUCGCUUUUGUCAUCUCCGAAGUCUGGAGAUAAUCCAAACUUAGAUGAAAAGGUUGAUGAGAAAGUGGAGCAGGCCAAUCCCCCACCUAACUCUGCAAUGAAAGAAAAUAGUGGAAGGAGAAGUCUAUUUUCCAAGGGAAAACAAACUCUUGGAAGGGUUGUUAGCCAAGCUGCUAGAAUUAGUGGGUAUCGAAAUCAGGAUCGCAGGGGUGAUUCUAACUUGAGAAUUGAUGGUAACAAUAAUGCUAAUAAUGAUAACUCUGGAGUGGAGAUGAGACCUAUCCAAAAAGUGAAUGAGCCAGAAUCUUCGGGUGACUUUCCAGGUGUUUCUGAACCUUCAUUACUUCUUUCGGAGAAUACAAGAACUGCUCUCUAUGCUUCACUUCCACCACUUGUUCAAGGACGGAAAUGGAUAUUAUUAUACAGCACAUGGAGGCAUGGAAUUUCACUUUCAACACUAUACAGAAGGAGCAUGAUUUGGCCUGGCCUCAGUUUACUGGUUGUUGGAGAUCGUAAAGGUGCAGUUUUUGGUGGCUUGGUCGAGGCACCCUUAAACCCAACCAACAAGAAAAAAUAUCAGGGAUCAAACACGACUUUUGUUUUCACAGAUAGACCUGGUCAUCCUGUUAUCUUUCACCCUACAGGUGCGAAUCGCUAUUUCACUUUGUGCUCCCUUGACUUUUUAGCAAUUGGCGGGGGUGGUCACUUUGCACUAUACUUGGACAAUGAUCUAUUAAACGGAUCAAGCUCAGUCUCGGAAACCUAUGGGAACCCUUGUCUUGCACACUCAGAGGACUUUGAAGUAAAAGAAAUUGAGCUGUGGGGUUUUGUGUAUCCAUCAAAGUACGAUGAGGUAGUUGCCAUGAGCCAUAUGGAAGCACCUGGUAUCUGUCGAUGGUGAAUGCUCUCAGACAAGGUUAAGGAACUGGCUGCCGAAACCUUAUUAUUGGUGGUUAAUGCUCGGUGAUGCUGACCCAACUAACGAGUGAAAUCACAGGUCUUUUUUGUACAGAUCAACUGUUUGUUGAUAAUGUCGUGAUGUCUUUCUGUUUUUUGCAUAUAAAGGUCGUUCCCUGUAUAUAUUUUUCAAUAAACACAUGCUGUUUAGAGAGCAGCCAGUUUUGUGGAAUGUAUGAUACUGUUUUUGUAGUUUUGAACAUGUUUGUAAUUGUAACCUCUUUAGUCCCCAUCUGUUAUCAGUUUGAUGGCUAAAUAUCAAAAUCAAUGCUGAUUCAAUACUUGAUUCGA